UCUCUGCAGCCUUGAUCUACAGACAAGGAGACAGAACAUUCACCAGGAUGGUUCCAAGAAAAGUGAUGGCAACUCUUCUGCUCCUGUACAUGGUGGCCAUGCUGGCUGAGCAGAGUGAAGGGUACAUCGCUUUCUACAGUCGUGAAGACUUCAGAAGAAUGCAGGAGAAAGAGAAGAACCAAGCACAGAAGAAAUCCCUGACUUUGCAGGAGCGAUCGGACACAAGAGAUUUUCCUGAACUUUCAGAUGAUGAAGGACAGGUCAUCAAGCUGAUUGCUCCUGUAGAAAUUGGAAUACAUCUGAACUCCAGACAGCUGGAAAAAUACCAAGAUGUCCUGGAGGAACUCCUAACAGAGAUGUUACCAGACACUCAGAAAGCUAAUUGAUGUCCUAAGAACUAGAGGACAAGGGCGAGAGGCUUCAUGCAAAUUUACAAGACUCC